UAAACCUACGCACGUGAUGCCACCAUGAUCUUGUUACGAAACGUAACCAUACAGUAUUGUAUAAGUAACCUUGCCUCUCAACCUACAGAUGGCAGUACAGUUAAAGGUUCACGUGGUGGGUUUUACAUGACUAGGCGGCAGCCGUAAUGGCUUCAGUGGCUUUAAUCCAGGGCGCGAGCAGAGGAAUCGGGCUAGAGUUUUGCAGAUAUAUUUUGGCGAAAAAAAGUCCAGCGUUGGUGGUCGCGACAUGCAGAAACCCAGAGGCUGCGGCCGGCUUGAGGGAUUUAACAGGGCAGUAUCCUGGAAAAAUUAAAGUGCUGAAGGUAGACGUGACGCGAGAAAAAGACAUACAAGACGCUGCGGAAAUAGUUAAAAGCGAAUUUGGAAAACUGGACCUUCUCGUUAACUCUUCAGCGAUGCUGCAUCCGUCUGGAAAAGGCGAAACAAGCCUCAGGGACGUCUCUUCUCAGGGUCUGGUUGCCACUCUGACUACAAACACGGUGGGGCCCCUGGUGAUGGCAAAGCAUUUCAGCCCUUUGCUGCUGAAAGGGAAUGGAGGGUUUGGCCACCAGCCAAAGGAUUCAUCCAAGCAUCACAGUGCUAUCCUGGUGAACAUGACGGCGAAAGUUGGAUCCAUUGGCGACAAUGGCUUAGGAGGGUGGUAUAGUUACAGGAUGUCCAAAUCUGCCUUGAACAUGGCUACAAAGAAUCUUUCCAUCGAGCUAGGCCGAGGAAGGCCGAAGGUCGUGUGUGUCUGCUUACACCCUGGAACCGUCAACACGGAUCUCUCAAGGCCUUACCACAAGAAUGUGCCCAAGGACAGACUCUUUUCCCCAGACCAUUCGGUCCAGUGCCUCAUGAAUAUCAUAGACAACCUCACUUGGGAGAAAACUGGAAAGGCCUAUUCCUGGGAUGGAUCUGAAUUACCUUGGUGACAUUGUGGGGACAAAUAUACAGAAAUAAAGAUGUGUGACAGACAUUUUUUAGUCGGUAACAUAUCUUUAGUCCUUUAGCUGUAAAUAUCUGUAUGUUCCAGCUGUUGUAAUAUUUCAUAUUUCAUUAUUUUCAUAUUAUUUCAAGAAAUGCAAGUCUUAAUUGAUUCUAUUGGUUGAAACACUAGUAUGAGAGAACUGGAUUUUACAAAGGUUUUUUUUUACUGCACUCUAACCUCAAGAACUGGGAAUAUUGUAGUUUUGCAGAAGUAACAGUUGACUGCAUAGAGGUACAAUUAAUAAAGGGUCCCAGUAGUAUUUAACUUGGUAGUGCAAGGCAGUGCCAUGGCGUGACAUUUAAUACAGCUGCCUCACGUCUUCAGUCUGGGUUGGACGCCAGUCUAGGGUGUCCUCUGUGUGGACUUUGAAAGUUCUCCCAUCAGCUUUGCUUGAGUUUUCCUCCCACCUUCCGAAUGACAUGACAGCUAGGUGAAUUGCUGUCUCUAAAUUGUUUCAAUGUGUGCGUUCCUGCAGUAGACUACUGGCCCUUGCUAAGCAGAAUCACAUUCUCUACCUCACGUCUGCUGAGUUAGGCUCCAGCUUUCCCUCCUGCAGAUGAAGCAGCUGUGAGUGAUGGAUGUUGUUGCUGUAUUAAGAAAUUUGAUGGCAUAAGAACAUUGCGUUCAACAUAAUCUUUUCUAAACAGGUGUAACCAGAUAAGAAGAUCAAAAGGCGUGAUGUGAGAAAUUUUGUUCAUUCAAAUUUAUACUUGCAAAUCAAUGUGAGAGAAAAGAACUGUUAUAUUGUAGCUUCUACUCAGUUUUUGUGGAAGUCAAAAUAUUUCAUUUUGAGAUCAUUUUUUUAAAAGUUUAGUCAGGCUUUAUCUGCUUUAUUGUAGUUAUUAUAAUGCAGUCCACUGUUGCCAUGUUUAUUUUAUGUUAAUCAGCAAGGCAAAAUCUUCAAAAUACAUUAAUACCCUGUUACCCGUUAUCAUCUGGCAUAAAUGUCAAGUUAACAGUGUUCUUGUAAAACAAAUUUUAGAGCCAGCUAUUCAUGACAACCUUUAAUGUUGAUUUCUAGUGCCUUAUUUCUCACCGUUGUAGAGCUAAUCAAUGUUUUGAAAGAAUAUAUACUGUACUUACGUUGCUCAAGAAACAGACUGUAGGGGGAGCAAAUCUUAAGCAAAUGUAAUGAUCUUAAAUAUUGAUUAUGAAAUAUUGUAAAAGGACAUACAGUAAUAAAAACUUAUUACAAUAAUCACAGAGA